CAGCAGUAGUAGGGCGUUUCCUUGCGAGAACUCUGUGCCGUCGCCUUUCGGUGUGCCAUUCACUGCAGUACGUUACAACGUGCUGCGAAUAAAGUGCGACUGUGGUGUUUUCAGACGAGCUCUUGUGUUCCAGAUGUGACCGUCGUCAUUUCGAAUAAUGUGUUUUGAUUAAGGUAGCACCGUUACUCGAACAACCCAAUGAGAAAUUUCAGAAACCGACCUCGGUGAAGACCAGUUUGGAUUCCAGAGAAGUGUAGGAACACGAGAGGCAAUACUGACCCUGUGACUUGUCUUAGAGGCAGAGUGACGGCGAGCAUGCGGUCUCGCCUGGCAGAGAGGACGGUGGCCGCGGGGCCGCUGCUGCUGCUGCUGGCUCUAGUGGGCCCAGCGGCGGCCUACUCGUGUCCCUCAGAGUGCAGCUGCCACCCGCCGGACGGCGCCCGCGUCGACUGCUCGUCGCAGUCGCUCACCGCCAUACCGGAAGGCCUCGACCCAAAUGUUACGUACCUCGACCUGUCGAGGAACAACAUCAUGACGGUGGACCCGGCGAAGCUGUCGGGCCUGACGCGCCUGACGCGACUGGACCUGUCGGCCAACUACAUCUCGCUGCUGAGCGCGGCCGCCUUCUCGGCGCUGGUGUCGCUGGAAGAGCUGGACCUGAGCGGCAACCGCAUCUCGCGGCUGGCGCACGUGGCGGCCGACUCGCUGCUGGCCAACCUGACGAGGCUGGGCCGCCUAUCGCUGGCCGACAACCAACUGCGCGAGCUGCAGGAGCUGGACGGGGGACUCGUGCUGGCCAGCCCCUCGCUGAGGGAGCUCGACCUCAGCCGCUGCCAGCUGCAGAAGAUCGACCACCGCGCCACGCUGGCGCGCCUGCCGCGCCUCCAGAUCCUCAACGUCUCCGACAACCCCAUCAAGUGGAUCCGGGAGGUGGUGUCGGCGUCGCUGCACACGCUGGACGCGAGCCGCUGCGAGAUGGACAGCCUGGGCAGCAGCGCGCUGCGCGGACUCACCGCGCUCGUCUCGCUGCGGGUCAGCCUCAACCCGCAGCUGCGGCUGGGCGAGCCCCGCCUCUACGCGGCCACGCUGCGCCGCCUGCACGCCGACCACUGCGCGCUCGACAAGCCCGCGCUCCAGGGCAUGCCGGCGUUGCAGUACGCCUUCCUGCGCGGGAACAAGGUGGAGACACUUACUCAGAAAGAUUUUAAUAACAGCGCUCAGCUGAUACGACUGGAGCUUCCCAGGAACUUAAUACGUUUCAUCGAGAAGGACGCCUUCCGACCACUAGUCGAACUGGAGAGGCUCGAUCUGUCUGGGAACAAGCUACACCAGCUGGCAUGGAACGCCUUCGUGAACUGUAAGAAACUGAAGUGGCUGUACCUCUCCGAAAACCCGCUAACCGAGCUGACGAACAUUUCGUCCGACUCGAUUCGUACUAUCGACGCCAGUCAAUGCAAGAUCAGUGGACUCCGCAGAGACGUGUUGACGGGUGCGCGCCAGUUGCUGGAGCUCAACUUAUCGAGCAACUGGAUCGAGAGUGUACCCAAACGACUGCGUUCUGUGUCGCUCGUCAAGCUGGACCUCAGCCAGUGCAGGCUUUCGGCAGUCACCAACGAGACGUUCGUCGAACUGUACCAGCUUCGGUACCUCUACCUACACGGCAACAGGCUUACCAAUGUUCCCAAGUCGUCAAUGGUGACUGGCCUGAAGAACCUAGUGCACCUGACUCUGCACGACAACCCGUGGCGUUGCGACUGCGGUGCGCCAGACUUCCGCUACCUGUGGGACAACCUGACGGCGUCGUCACCGCCCAUUCUCACCGUCAGUGAGAGGCAGACGGUCAAGUGCGCGUCGCCCGAGGCGGUGGCGGGCCAGCAGUGGUGGCUGGCGUGCGUGGAGAAGUGGUACCCGCCGGCGCAGAGCCAGGCCACCAACACGAUGAGCCGCAACGGCGCUGCGGCGCUCGGCCUCGUGGCCGUCAUCGUGACCGCCGUGGCGCUCUUCUGCUUCCUGCGGCAGCGCCUGCACGAGAAGAAGGAGGAGCGCGCAAGGGAGGUGGACCGCAUGGCGCGCGCCGCCGAGGAGGUGCAGGACCGCCUGCGCAGGCAGCACUCCGAGGCAAUGCUGCACCAGGAGCUGGAGGCGAUCGCGCGGUCGCGUUCACAUUUGUCUUCGCCCCCGCGGCAACGCCGUACUGAGAGCCAGCUAACGGAGCCGCCGACGUAUGAGGAGGCGUUGCUGAUGGCGCGAUCUGUGGAGGAACUGGCCGAGAGGAAUGCCGCAGCUGCGCAGGCGCAAACCAUGACGCACGCACCGAGGCGGCCUAGCAGCAGCAGCAGCAGCAGCAGUGGGCAAAGCCUCAACCUCAGUGGCGACGACGACGGUCAAUACGCCAGAGCUGCCGGCUGGAGCGAGCCGUCGGGUCGCCACCACCGAGAAGAUAGUGACGGCUCUCUCUCAGUUAGUGACAGUGCUGGUGACGUCUAUAGAUACUCGGAAGAUCCCUCCGCGAAGCGCGGGCCUAUUCCGGGAAGCCCUGGAGGCAGCUCCAGUAGUUCCGCACACAGCUUCGUUGCCACCGCCGGUACCAGUUCUGAUGACGAGGCUAAGGCCACUGGGUCAUCUGCUGCAAGGGCACUGAACCACAGACGCUCUUAGCUUCGGAAAUAGCUGUAUGCCUCUGCUAGAGCCAUAAUACAGUGAGAACUUUGGCUGACAUGUAUAUUGGUGAUAAAUCGGUCGUCAUUGCCGGAAAGAAAAUUAUCUCAGGUCCACAGCAAUAAUACGUAGCCAGUUUCUUCGUCACUUGCUCAGAAGAUUCAACGACGCAAAACAGCAAGCUCUUUGUUCAGCUUCUUCGAAUUUUCUGAGUAACUCGCGUGAAAUGCAGGCGAUCUCAAAAUCGGUCAACACCAGUUAUUGGGCUGUGGGUCCCGUGUAGUAACAGUGCAAGAAGCCUGUUUCGACUACCUACCUAGCCCAUUGUCAGUACAAAAGCGGGUGGCAUCGGAUGAAGCCAAGGAACUGGCUUAAUCUCGUUUGAAUCAUAGAAUUGGUUCUCGAAAUGUCGCCUACUCACUUUAGUGCAGAGUGUAUGAAAAGCGCCGAGCACGGAAUGUAAUUGUCUUCGUCUAUUAUAACGAAGUUAACUACUUUUUUGUGGACAUGGACGUCCGCAGAAAUUUAUUCUGAAGGGGGCGGGGGUCAAUCCUCUAAAAUAGCCAUUUAUGACACAAAUGAAUUAAUCAUUUUGGAGACGUGGCAGUCCAAAAGAGCUAAAUAGACCUAGACGACUGAAAAAAAUUAUACACAAGAGAAUUGAUAGCUCAGUAUGUGAAUAAAAACUCUGUACUCCACAUUACAGAGGGGGGGAGGUGGGCAAAGAACCCCCGCCCCCUUACACACCGCCCCCCCCCCCCCGGCCUUGCGGACACCUUUGUCUGUGUACAACACUGUAUGUAGCAGAACAUCGUUGAUCUAUGAUAUAGCGAAGGAUUUAUUUUGUUGCCUGUGAGAGGUACCAGACAGAGGUUUUAAAAUAGACAGUUCUCACAUGCCAUUAACGAUUAAGAUGGACCAUAAGAAUAUUCAGUAUUGUAUUGUCUGAACGAGGCAAGCAAACCAUAACAAUUUUAAUGUGUUCUCCGGGCAUCUUCACCUUCACUUCAUAAGUUUUCAUUUAAUGAUCACGUGCGUUAUUCACUUCAUCGGCAUUACUGAGAACUGCUAAAGACGAGAGCAACAUACAAUUCUUAAAUGAUAUGUACACUGCGGAGUAUAAUAAUACUACUAAAGCAUAGAGUGAUACUAAUAUCAAGACCAAAAAUGUACUUCUACCGGGAAACAGGUUCUGUUCUUCAUCCGCAAUGCACCUAAGAGAAGUGAUUGUGUAAAUAUCAUUACAACUCACUCAGUUAUUUUUCAUCCCGGUAUUUAACGAGAUGAAUGCAACGUUUGUUAUUUAGGCGUGUGAUUCGUGACAGAAUUAAUCACUGUUUUUAUGUGUCAUGACUCUGAAAAACUUUAUUACGUACAAAUUUCAAAGAAUAAAAGUGAAAGAUAUGCUACAUCAUCGUGUUGAUAUAAAAACGCGUUCUGAGUAAUCGCUAACAUAAAAAAAUAAAAUUUUGAAAAAUAUCUGUACCGGCACCAUAUUAAAAAAGAUUUUAGUUAGUUACAGCUGUUUACUGUGCAAUGAGUGGAUGGCCAAAAGUUGUCAUAGGCAUAAAGGAGUGUGUUGUAAUCUUCGACCAGUUGUAAUAUGAAAAACAUCCAUGAAAUGUUAUUUGAGCAUAAAAUAUGAUAUUGAUACUGCAUAAUUUUUAGAAAAUAAGAGAGAGUACAAUGUUAAGUGAGUUACAAUUCUGGAGCACUGACAAUAACGGAUGUGACAGUAAAAUUUCAACUUUUUAUAAAGUUUUACCUUUGAAUUUAGUUUUGCAGCUUGAAACAAAGUGCUGCUUCUACUGUCAACAAUGUUACUGAAUAACAUCUGAAUGCAAUAAAGAUCCAAAUUGACUGCGCUAUUAUUAGGAAAGUUACGCAUUUCCAGUGCCAGUACAUCCAUGGGAGAAACGCUGUAUGCAGUAAGUUAAGUAUUUCUCUCUCUGAAUCUGUAAUUGUGCUAAAAAAUCGAACUUUCAUUUUCAUUUACGUUCUUUCCCAUCAGCCAUCGUGCAGAAUUUCAAUUUGGACAUACCCAUCAAAGUAUUUGUCAAUUACUUUAUUUCCGUACAAGUUUUUUUUGUAUCUACCUCGAAGUUUUAGUUUUUCUAACGAAAGGUAUUGUACGUUAAGUAUGGCAAAGUGCCUGAAAUACGACGGGUAGAAGACGUCAUGGCGCGCCACCGGAGAGUCUUGUCACCACAAUAUUUAUUUCGCAUGCAGGUUCAUUGUCUUCGUCACCUCACGACCAGGUUAAGCUGCAGAACAAUGUAUUCCACAGCUUGGUUAGGGGCGGGGGAAAUGGAUCGAGACACCAUUCCUUAUCCAUCACACCAUGUCUGUUGUUGCAGGAUUUGUGUUAAUGUUUGUCACUCAAAGUGUUGCAUCUACACGAGAUUUGCUUUAACGCCAUAAAGGCCGGUAAUGUCAGAAUUAUCUUCCAGUCUUGCGUAAUAUGGAGCCCUACAGUUAUUGUUCUGGCUUAUCCAUACUAAAACAAGAGCUACCGUACGUGAAAGGAAAUUGUGUGAUUGUUUUUACGUUUAUUUUUCGUUAUCUCUCAUAUUCCUCAACAUUUUAGUGCAGACACCGACUUGACAGAGAUGGAAAAAAUAAAUUUUUGUAACUGCCUGGAAAGAUUUUUGAACCCACGUAAGUCGUAAGUUAAUUCUGUAAUCUGAAUUAAAAAUGAACCAUCAUUAAACUCCUAUAUUCUGUUUCAACAAAAAUUUUGAAUUAAUAUGUUAAUGUACUGCUGACCUUAUUGAACCCCCUUCGCCAACUUACAACGAAACU